AGUUACGCACGCACCUGCGCCGAGACCGGGCUCUGGGGCUGCCGGGGCCGUCCGAAGGCUGGGCGGCGUGAGGGGCUCGCGGCCCGGCCUAACCUGCUCACCGGGCUCGGACGCACUUCCCUGGCUCGGGGCCGGCCCCGAAUCUCGACCGAAGCCAUGGUGCACUGCAGCUGCUCGCUCCUGAGGCGGGUGCGUGUCCCUCGUCCCCUUCCUCCUGUCUCUCCGACUGCUCCCUCUUUGGUGUCCCCCGCCCUUUUCCUGCCUGCCCCGGCUCUAGCCAGACUCUUUCCCCCAGACUCGGCCGGGUCGGAGGUUCUGGCUUCGCCGCAAGGUGCCCCUCCCCCCGCACUCGGGGUGGCUCUCUCAGGAGGCGCUGCUCCCCCGGCGGCGGGGCCCGUCCCGUAAGGAGGACGAGCUUUGGCUCCUGCCGCCCAAUGUGGGCGCGCUUGCCCGCCGAGCGGGUAGGCCCGGUGUCGGCCGCGGCGCUGAUUCUGCCCCCGAGCCGGGGUCCCCGUUGCCCUCAUCUGUACAAUAAAAGAACUUCCGAGUCCUCAGGAAGGUUCCUCGGAAAGCGUACGGAAACUUCAUGGACAAUCUAAGACUCUUUGCAAAAGGAGGAGCAGGUGGCAUGGGUUUUCCUCGAUUAGGUGGAGAGGGAGGCAAAGGUGGUGAUGUCUGGGUUGUAGCCACAAAAAGAAUGAGCUUAAAAAAAAUUAAGGAUAAGCAUCCACAGAAACGGUUUGUGGCAGGAGAUGGAGCAAACAGUCGGAUCAGUGCAUUAAAGGGAGAGAAAGGCCUGGACUAUGAAAUAUCUGUGCCUGUUGGUAUUACAAUAACUGAUGAGAGAGGCCAAAUUAUAGGAGAACUCAAUAAAGAGGAUGAUAGAAUUUUAAUAGCACAAGGAGGACUUGGGGGUAGUUUGCUUUCAAAUUUCUUGCCAUCCAAGGGUCAAAAAAGAAUAAUUCACCUUGACCUAAAGCUUAUAGCUGACAUAGGCCUUGUAGGAUUUCCAAAUGCUGGAAAAUCUUCUUUAUUAAGUAAAAUUUCCCAUGCAAAACCUGAGAUUGCAAAUUAUGCAUUUACAACAUUAAAACCUCAGUUGGGAAAGAUUAUGUAUAAGGAUUUCAAGCAGGUAUCUGUAGCUGAUCUUCCAGGUUUAAUAGAAGGAGCACAUAUGAACAAAGGAAUGGGACAUAAAUUUCUCAAGCAUGUAGAAAGAACCAAGCAGCUUCUUUUUGUUGUUGAUGUCUCUGGGUUUCAGCUUUCUUCAAAAACUAAGUUCAGAUCUGCCUUCGAAACUAUAAUAUUGCUCACAAAAGAGCUGGAAUUAUACAAAGAAGACCUUAUGAUGAAACCUGCACUGCUUGCAGUUAAUAAAAUGGAUUUACCAGAUGCUAAAGAUAAAUUCAGUGAACUUGUGAACCAGUUACAGAAUCCUAAAGGUUUUUCACAUCUCUUUGAAAAAGAUGAAAUUCCAAGGAAAACUUUAGAGUUCCAAAAUAUUAUUCCAAUUUCUGCACACACAGGAGAAGGAAUUGAAGAAUUAAAGAACUGUUUAAGACUAUCUCUGGAUGAACAGUCCAAUCAGGAAAAUGAAAAGUUUUCUAAAGAAAGGUUACUUAAUUUGCGGAAUUCAAAAUUAUCAUAUAUUGAUUCAUCAUCAGAAUCUUCUAGAAUGGAAAUAACUGAAGGUCAUUAAAAUGUUAUCCAUUGUAUUACAAGUGACCUCAAAGAUUCCUUUCUACUCAGUAGGUGAUUCUUUGACAUUGUGUUUCUGGAAGCAUUGAAAGUGUCUUUCUAACUACAUCUUUUUAUAUGUCAUCUUUAAGAACCUUAUCUUUUAUGGGAGGCUGGGGAGAAGUCAGCAGUUCACAAUGACAAGAAAUAAAUUAAGUUUUUACCUUCCAAGGUAUUCAAGGAAUGAGACAUUCAGUGAAAGACAGGGUCAGCCAGAAAAUGUUAAGUGCCACUACUGGACACUAUGCGCUACUGGUGUGUCUCUGGAUGUGAAAACAUAUUUAAAAUAUUUUUUAUAAAGAGCAUUCUGUUUUUAAUAUUUAAGGUCAUCAGAACAAUUCUUAACCUGGGGUCCAUGGACUUACUUUAAAAUAUAUUUUAUUAAUCAUAUUUCAAUAUUACCUGUUUCCUUUGUUAUUCUGUGUAUGUUAUGCAUGUAAAUACACUGUUCUGAGAAGGCCAGUCUAUAAAGGCUUUAUCAGAUUGCCAAAGGAGUUAGGUUAAGAAAUUCAGUUUUGGCAUGUUAUAUAGUCAACGUGUAUUCCAUAAUUGGGUAUUGAUAUUAUAUUUCUUUGACAACUUUUAUAAAUCUGAAAUUGGAUCUUUCAAAUCCUCUUUGCUAAAUUUUUGUAACAGUAGAAAAUAUUGAUGAAAGUAGAUGAGAAUUUUCUUAAAACUUUUUCUUGGUUAAGUAGAAUAGAGCUCAUUUCCUGGGAUUUCACUACUAGAGGAAACUCAACUAUAGAAAAAACUCUCAAUACUGCCUGAUCUACAACUCAUGAUCUUAGAGAGGUAUCUGACUGGGCCAGUGCUGGGACCUGAGUCAGGUUACAGUGUAAUAAGGAAGUGCUGAAUAAAAUAAAGAUAAAAUAUAAGUCAUGCUAA